AUGCCCAAGGCAGCGAAGUCCAAGAAGGCGCCGCCGCCGACGCCGUACGCCGAGCCCAAGUCCAAGAAGCCGGAGCCCACCGGCCCCGUCUGGGAGGCCAAGCCGAAGCACUUCGGCAUCGGGCAGGACAUUCUUCCCAAGCGCAACCUCACGCGGUACGUGCGGUGGCCAAAGUACGUGCGGAUCCAGCGGCAGCGCAAGGUGCUGUACCAGCGGCUCAAGGUGCCGCCGUCGAUCAACCAGUUCACCAACAAGCUCGACAAGAACGUCCAGACCAACCUCUUCAAGCUGCUGCACAAGUACCGGCCCGAGUCCAAGGCGGAGAAGAAGGAGCGGCUGCAGGCGUCGGCCGAGAAGGUGGAGAAGGGGGAGGCGGACGAGUCGAAGAAGCCGCUCUUCAUCAAGUGCGGCAUCCACCACAUCACCAAGCUCUGCGAGCAGAAGAAGGCGCAGCUGGUCGUGAUUGCCGCCGACCUGGUCAUCUGGCUGCCGGCCGUCUGCCGCAAGAUGGACAUCCCGUACUGCAUCAUCCCCUCCAAGGCGCGGAUCGGCGCCCUCGUGCACCAGAAGAAUGCGACCGCCAUCGCGCUCACCGGCGACGAGGACGAGGACGACACCGCCGUGCGCAUGCAGGCAUGCGGCGAGGCUCCGGCAAUGCCCCCGAAGGGCUACGUCUAUGCGGCGACGUGCCCGCCGCUGGCGAACGACGACGAGCAGCGCGCGCUGUGCCGGCGCAAGAUCCUCGCCGCGCACCUCCUCGACGGCGCCACCGGCUGGUACGUUGGCACCGUGCAGCACUUCGGCGUGGGCUCCUCGUGGCGUCAGCCUGACGCGACGCACAUCGUCAUGUACUCCCAGAAAGAGACGGGCACCAAGCACCUCGCGGGCCGUGUCGCGUGCAAGCUAGCCGCCGACAACUAUGGCGCGAGCGAGUGGUGGCUCCUGCUGGAGCCGGCGCCAGAGAGCUGA